AUGUCCGAGGUCGUUCUGCGCUAUGAUACCGAGCUCGAGCUCGGCAUGGCGGUACGGAUAGUACAGAUGGUAAUGGGCCGCGCUCCAUGGGGGCGGCUCCUAGGUCUUCACGAAGCUCACUCAAAAUUGUUGAGUUCAUACAUACAUAUAAGCCUAGAAGAACCUUGGAUAGAGUUGAUCAAGGUGGAUCGAAGGCAUGGAAAGAGACCUCUCCCUUGUGAUCAUGCAUCAAGGGAGAAAAGGGAAGAAGAUUUCAAUUUUCCUGUUCACACAUCAUCUAAGAAGCAAGAGGAAGAAGCUUCUCUAUUCCCCUAUAUACCUCCAAUCAACACUGGUGAUGAUAGCACCAUCUCUACACCAAUACCACAAUAUGGUCAACUAGCCUUGAUUGAGACGCACGACCCAUCCCAGCAGCCUUUAAAUCAAGGCAAUGCAAGAAAAAGACACUAUAGAGGAGUUAGGCAGAGACCAUGGGGGAAAUGGGCUGCCGAAAUCCGCGACCCUAAAAAGGCUGCUAGAGUCUGGCUUGGCACGUUUGACACGGCAGAGGCUGCAGCCGCUGCUUACGAUGCUGCUGCCUUGAAGUUCAAAGGCUCCAAAGCCAAGCUCAAUUUCCCGGAACAUGUUCUUGUUCCUCCCAUGCCAUCAUCACAUUCUAGUAACAUUAAUCACAUUGACAAUAAUGUUAAUAACUAUGCUACUUCAGUAUCAUCAUUGUGGUCACCACCACCAUUAUCGUUGUCAUCAUCAGAAGGGUUUCCAAAUCUGAUGCAGUAUGCACAGCUUCUGUGGAGUAGGGAUGAUGAUGAUCUACAACGUGUUGCUUCGGGUCUUCAGCAUCAGCAUCGUACUAAUGAGGCUUUUCAUGAUCCGGGUUCUUCUGCUUUGUUCUCGUCAUCUUCUUCUUCCACUGUGGCUGUGUCUGAUCAACAGCAGAUUGGAGAUGGCACGAGUGUGGCGACUAAGGGGGGAGAGUGUUGUGAUUCAUGGGGUUUUAGAGGGAGUGGUUUUCAUGAUGAUGACAAGAAUUGAACGUAAUGUUAAGGGAAGCAGGUAAGUUUGAUGUACGCCAUGUAAAAACCUACGUACGUGUUGUUAUCAUGAUUCAAAUAAUGUUUCUUUAGAUCAGUGUUAUUUUAUGAUCAAUUUCGUUUCUAUAAUCUGUCUGAUCUUUGAACAUGUAGAGAAAACAAUGUUGGUUGAUCUUUUUCAAAACCUUAUUCUUUUUUA